AUCGCUCGUAAGCUUCUGUGCGAGUGACAACCACAGUUUCUCUCUCUUAUGUUGGCCAAAAUUAAGCGUAUGUUUAGUGGUGAUAGGAAUAUCGUAUCCAUAUUGGGUCUGUUUAUCAAUUAUUGUUUGUAGUUUUAUUUUCACACAAGACAAUACGGUAGUCUGACGAUUACACGAUAGGAAUGGAUCAUUUCGCGUUUGUAUACAUUUCCUUUUCAACGUUGAACCUCUGAGCGCACUCCGCGAAAACAUCUUUAGGCAAAGCUUGUCGUUCGUCUAUUAUCCGUAUCCAAAAGGUUACUAUAAUUUUGUGACUGCGCAUAACAAUUGAACGCCUUGAAAAGGUCCUAUAAUAUAACAAUAUUUUAUUGACAAAAGUCCACAACAACCGACUGAAAGUACAAUGUUUUCCCUGAGUUUAUUCAAUGACAUACUCCGACCAUUCAACACGACAUACAGAUGCUGGUCAGUGUCGAUGCUCCCUGGUACCGAACGAGAAGACGUUGAACGUGGUGGAAAAAUUAUAAUGCCCCCGUCAGCUCUGGAUAUAUUGACUCGGUUAAAUAUCAACUACCCGAUGUUGUUCAAGCUAACUAACAAAAGAAGCAACAGACAAACUCAUUGUGGUGUAUUGGAAUUCAUUGCAGAUGAAGAAAAAAUAUAUAUUCCUUAUUGGAUGAUGAAAAACUUAUUGCUAGACGAAGGAGAUAUAGUGCAAGUCGAAAGUGUUUCAUUAGAAGUAGCUACCUUCUCAAAGUUCCAACCUCAAAACUCUGAAUUCUUGGAUAUUACUAAUCCAAAGGCCGUUUUAGAAAAUUGUUUGCGCAAUUUUGCUUGUUUGACUACUGGUGACGUAAUAGCCAUAAAAUACAACCAAAAAGUUUAUGAAAUGUGUGUGUUAGAAACCAAGCCGGGUAACGCUGUUAGUAUCAUUGAAUGUGAUAUGAAUGUUGAGUUUGCUGCACCAGUUGGUUACCAAGAACCUAAACAUGAAAAAAAACCAGCUGCAGAAGAGAUGAUGGUGGAUCCUGCUGAUUUAAUGCCAGAACCAACAGGUUUCAUAGCAUUUAAAGGUUCAGGCAAUCGAUUAGAUGGUAAAAAAAAGAAAGAAAAUCCUGACGAUCAAUUGAAUCAGUUUAAAGCAGCAUACCAAAGAGGUAUUCCAGAUUAUAAUUAUUCCAUUGGAACUAUACAGUUCUUAAGGAAUAUUCGUCCUGUGAAUAAUGACAAUGAGAAUGAAAAUCAAGAAGGAUUCAAGCCAUUUGCAGGUUCUGGAUCAGUAUUGAAAACUAAAAAAAAAAAGAAAUAAGAUAAUUUUCUUUUAAAGCAUGUACAUAUGUUUAAUAUGAAAGGGUUUAAAUUUUAAAAAAUGUACAUUUCUCAAAAUAAAUUUAUUUCAUUGUAAAA